AUGAAAGUGCACCACCGCGAACUAACGAAAAAUAAAUCGGGUAAGAUCGUUCUCACCGCAGAAGAACCUGAGGAUCUUUGGCAUGUGUACAAUAUGCUUCAGGCUGGCGACCGAGUGGAAGCUUCGACAGUUCGAAACGUGAAGAAAGAGUCGUCUACUGGACUUCGUACGACCGAGAGGAAACAUUUCAAGUUGACAAUCAAAAUCGAAACACUCGAUUUCGAUCAAACUGUCUGUUGCUUGUCGAUGAAAGGGACAAAUACGGAGCAGAAUGAGUUCGUUAAUAUCGGACAGUACCACACGAUAGACCUCGAGUUGGGCCGACGUUUUACAAUUUACAAGGACGAGUGGGACUCGAUAACAUUACGGAGAAUCAAAGAAGCGACAGAUAUGAAUUUGAAAGCAGAAGUAGGGGCUGUGGUGAUGGAAGAAGGUCUGGCACACGUGUGUUUAGUUCUCAGUGCGCUGACAGUGGUGAAGCAAAAAAUACAGACCUCAAUUCAAGGAAAACGACGACCAGACAAACACGAAGAGUCGAUGAAGAAGUUCUUCAAAAAUGUAGCCACUGCGAUGAAGACUAAUUUUGAUUUUGAUCGUUUAAAAUGUAUCAUUAUCGCUUCUCCUGGUUUCGUGCGCGAAGAGUUCAUGGAAUACAUGUUCAUCCAAAACGAAGAAAACAAGAAAUUCAUCGAACAUCGCGCGAAAUUUGUUUCCUGCAGAAGCUCCUCCGGAUACAAGCACUCCCUUAUGGAAGUCCUCCAAGACCCUGGUGUCGCCCGCCGCCUAGAAGAUACAAAAGCAGCAAAAGAAACGAAGGCAUUUGAAACAUUUCAGCAGACACUUCUCGACGACGGGGAUCGCGCCUUUUAUGGAACAAAACAGGUUGAAAAGGCUUGCGAGUUACAAGCAAUAGAUACACUUUUGAUGACUGAUUCACUAUUCCGAUGCUUUGACGUGAAUCGAAGACGAAGAUAUGUGAAGCUUUCCGAGCGCGCGCAAGCUGCUGGGGCAAAUGUUUAUAUUUUGAGUUCUCUCCAUCCAUCUGGCAUUCAGCUCGCGAAUCUCACUGGAAUCGCAGCCAUUCUCAGGAAUCGAUUCAUCCCAAAAAAGGUUUCCACUUCCCGACAUAGAAGAUAUAGACUUCUCUGA